CCACAGGGAGUUUCCACAAUGGCGACAAGCAGGGUUAAGACGAGGGAGACCAAAACGGGAGAAAUAAUUGCCUACAGUGAGUCUGCAAUAAGGAAUAAUGCCUCAGCAGUGGAGUAUUGUCGAACCUCUAUGGCUGCCCUAUCCGGAAGUACAGCAGGAAUUCUUGGCCUUACAGGGAUAAUUGGUUUCCUUUUCUACCUAUUUGCCGUCUUUGGGCUGUGGUUCCUUCUUCUAUCUAAAUCCGGAACUAAUUGGCAGAAAUAUUUCAUCAGCAGAAGGAGUCUUCUCACAAAUGGCUUCAUGGGAGGACUCUGUACGUAUGUUUUGUUCUGGACCUUCCUCUAUGGCAUGGUCCACGUCUACUAAUUAAAAAUUCCACGUAUACCUUAUAUUUAUAAUGUAUUGAAGGGGUAAUGUUUACAAAAUAUUACCAAAAUAAAUUGAGAAUAUGUAAUUUGAGAAGAAAAGAAA